AUGUUCAAACUGUUGUGUUUGUUGGCCUUUUUGGCAUUCGCCGCGGCUGCGCCGGCACCCGUACCCGCGCCCGCGCCAGCACCGGCACCUGGGGCGAUUAUCGGAGCUCCGCUUGUGACAUCCUACAGUGCUCCCAUCGUUUCCGCACCGUUAGCUUACAGCGCAUACAGCCUACCGACUUAUAGCGCGUACUCGGCAUACCCGGCCUUACCGUAUGCGUAUAAGAGUUACGCGACUGGCCUAAUUGUCUAA